CAACAAGACACACAACAGUUAUCAAGCUCUGCUCUUUGCUGAUUCACUUCAACCAACAUGCCCGUUCCAUCCAAAAAAGGAAAAACAGCUCAGGCUCGAAAGUACCUCGAAGUGGAAAAAAUGUACAGGAUUGUUCUGCUGGGAGACAGUGAAGCUGGGAAAAGGAGCCUAGAAAACAACAUGUUUGGAGAAGAUGCAUUUAUAGUUAACAACACUGAAUGCCAAACUAAGUCCAAAUCUCUCCAUGGAAGAAAGAUUACCUUGAUCAACACUCCUGAUUUCUCAGACCCAGGUAGAUCAGAGGAGGAGCUGAAGCCUGAAAUAUUGAGGUGUAUCACUGAGUGCACUCCAGGGCCUCAUGCUUUUCUCAUUGUGCUCAAAGUGGAGAAAUCCACAGAGCAGCAGCAACAGAAGGCUGUUAUUGAGAAAAUAAGCCAGUAUUUCUCAGAGGAAGUUUUCAAAUAUGCUGCAGUUGUCUUUAUUCAGGAUGGACCAGACUCAGAUGAAAUGAAGAUCAAAGCGUUCAUAGAUCAGAAUGAAUAUCUGAGUGAUCUAAUGAGGAAAUGCAAGAGCCGAUACCACAUCAUUAAUAAAUACAACAGACAGGGUGACAAGAUCAGCAACCAGUCCCAGGUUACAGAGCUGCUCAACACAGUAGAUCAGAUAGUUGCAGAAAACAAAGAUUGGCGCUACACCAGCAAGAUGUUACCACAAGGAGACACCCACAAUAAGGCUAACAACAGCAUCUCUGCAGACGCUCCAGACACAGGAAGAGCUGGAAGGCCAGCAGCAAAUGUGGAAUUAACAGUUAGAAGAUCCUUAGGUGAUGAUAGCGUACCAGAAUGGGUAAAAUGGGUAGAAUGGUUAAUAGAAAAAAUAUUCAAUUUAUUAGAGUGGAUAAGAAAUGAUUGUGACUUGUGGAUAAUUGUUUUCAUCUCGUUACUUCUGACAUGGCAUCUUCUCAAAGUACCAUUUUUUGGGACCCUUCUGAUGAUUUUGCUGUUUGUGUUUCUUUUUGAGAUUCGUGACAUGAUUUAAUUACAACACCAGACAGAAAUGUAUGAUCGUGUGACUGAUUAUUCAGCCUCUAUGAGGUGUACUUACAAUUAUUAGAUAUAUUUCUGCAUUUAAGAUUUUGCAAAAUGUUAUGGAAUCAUUAUGAUGUCAAAAAGGCACGUUUUUUUUUAAGUGUGUUGCACAUCGCUCUCCAUAUCUUUCCAUAUAUAUGAUAUAUAUAAGUCUGUCAGUAUGUUUCUUUUGCUUUACACAAUGUAGAUUAAACUUGGACUGUGACUUGCACUUUAUUUGGUUUUUUGAGGGUCUUUUUGUUUUGUGUUUUAGGUGAACAUUGACCUUGGGUGCUAACAAUGAAGGUCAAAUUCAAACACUUAGCCAACCUAAGCCUAUUAACAAACAGGCAGACAGAAAAGAAACAGAAAACGAUUACAUGCUCCCUCCUCUACAGGGGAGAAUGAGGUAACAUUAAUUUUUUUCGUGUUAAAGGUUGCUUGUAGCAUAUGUGUGUAUGACAGAUAUUUGCAUUAUUGCUGGGUGACCAGUUUGCUGAGAAGCUGAUAUGAAACACAUGAAGCUUUGAAUGAUAAACAAGAGCGUAUCCAAGUGUGUGAACAGCAAAAUAUUUAAAUCAGCAGUUAGGCUAACUAGCUAAUUUACACUAAUUUCACUUGAGUUUAAGUGAUUAUGUGCUACUUUUAAACAAUAUGCAAUACCCCUAUAAUAAAAUAGGUAACAUCUCAUAUUCUUAUUAAAAGCAAAAAGAAGAGGCACAUUAGCUGACUGAUCAUUCUGACAAAAACUACUCAUAAGCCUAUAAAAUAAUAACACAUGAACCUGUUAGGACAGAGUUUUGCAGCUCUGCAUGAUGAUAAUACAGCUCUGGAGAAAAAAAGUUACCAACUAAGAGGAAGAGACAAAAAGACUGUUGUAUUCUUUUUUAAGUCUCUAUUUUAUUUUGAUUUCCAUUUUAUUUGCAAAGUUUGUUUUUACUCUCAAUCCUUAAAAAGCACUGAUAAAAAGCAGGGUCAGGAGCACCUGAACAUUUUGGCUCGAAUGAUUAUGUCUAUCUGUGUUGUAUGUGUCUGUCUUCAUUAUGUCUCUAUUGGCUUUUUCUCUCUUGAAAGGAGAGAGUGUGUCAUCAGCAGUGUUGGUCAAGUUACUUGAAAAAAGUAAUCAGUAACUAAUUACUGAUUACUUCUC